AUGAGCGACAACGAUCACCCUAAAAAUGAGGCAGCUUGGCUCCCUGCCAAGCAGGUCAAGCCUCUCGAGGUCGGCCCGGCCCCCUACACUGCUCCCGGGCCAGGCGAGAUAGUGGUCAAGAACGCCGCGGUGGCCAUCAACCCCAUCGACUGGCAGAAACAGAUCCUGGGCGACAUCCUGCUGGGUUACAUCAAAUACCCUUUCGUCCUCGGCGGCGAUGUAGCUGGAACAGUUACCGAGGUUGGCCCAGGGGUCCAGCGCUUCAAAGUCAACGACCGAGUUGUUGCUGCCGCCCUCGCCAUCGCCCCGGUCUCGGGAAAUGCGGCCGAGGGUGCAUUCCAGCGGUACACCCUCAUCCGUGAGCACAUGGCCUCACCGCUGCCCGAUCAUAUCAGCUACGAGCAGGCCUGCGUCAUGCCUCUCACGCUCUCCACGGCCGUGUACGGCCUCUUCCACCCCAGCUUUCUCGCUCUCGACAUGCCGAAUGUGCCGUCAAUUAGCACCAGCAGAAAGUCGGCUCCCCGGGCGGUCAUAAUCACGGGUGGUUCCUCCAGCGUCGGCGCCAACGCGAUCCAGCUCGCUGUCGCCGCGGGCUACGAGGUGUUGUCUACUAGCUCUCCCAAGAACUUUGACUUUGUGAAGAAACUCGGAGCUGCCCAAGUCUUCGACUACAACAGCAAGACGCUGGCUGCUGAUGUUCUCGUCGCGCUCGAGGGCCGCUCGCUGGCUGGGGCUUACGCCAUCGGCGACGGCGCUGUGGAGGUGUGCACCCUCGUCAUGACGCGCCACAAGAACACGACGCACAAGUUCGUCGCCAUGGCGGGCGGGUCGCCCCUGGGAGACAAGCUGCAGACCUUGACCGGUAAGGUGUUCCUCAUAAUCAGCAUGCUAUGGAAGAUUCUUAAACAAGCUUUUGCGUCGCGCAUAACAGGGGUCAAGGUCCAAUUCAUCGACCUCAAAGAUGCAGCAGAGCCCGAGGGGCAUGUGGCACGCAUCUAUAAGGAGUACCUGCCACGGGCGUUGGCCGAGGGCCAGCAUGUGCCGGCUCCAGACCCGGUGGUCGUUGGCACAGGCUUGGAAAAGAUUCAGGAGGCGAUGGAUAUCCAGAUGAAGGGUGUGUCGGCACAAAAGAUUGUUGUUUCACUUUAG